AUGCCACUCGAUGGGUUGCAGGUCUGCGUGGGAAGCUCCUAUGAGGAUUGCAACCCCCCAGAACCGAAGCCAGAGCAAGGAGACGAAGUUGUGCCGAAAGAGUUUGAGGAGCAGUGCAUCGGACUGAUCUCGCGGAUGGAGGCGACACAGCCUCGCGUGAUCCGGCUUAUCCGGGUCUUCCGGGUGCUGCAGCAUGGGCUGUGGUAUGGUAUGAGGGGGAGGCAGGACAUAAUGCACGACCGCAGUGAGGAAGCCUCCGAGAUCGAUGAGUUCUGGUCACACAGUUGGCAGACAUCUGCGUGGCUCAAGUAUAUGAACAUCUUAUUCUUGUACAACGGCUUCAUUGCCUGUGUGGUGGGAACAUUGGUUGCCUCAGUCUCAUUUACUCUUUACAUUCUGGGUGUGUUGCCAGAGUUUGGUGAGCCCCCUCUCAGCUGCCGAUGGUGCACUCCUCUUGGCACCGCAGCAUACUUGCUGACCCUGCUGCUUUGCGAGCGGCGGGCGGGUGUGUUCCUGGACAUCGCUUGCAUACACCAGAAGGACCAGAGGCUGAAAUUCGAAGGUGUUGUGAGCAUGGGCGCCAUCUUAAAGAGAUCCAAGUCCAUGCUGGUGUUCUGGGACCCCACAUACAUGACAAGACUGUGGUGCGUAUUUGAGCUGAGUGCUUUUCUACAUAUGCAUUCCGCAGGUGGCCUGAGGGUUUGUCCGCAGCUCCUGGGCCCGGUGUUGUUGGGGCUGAACCUCGGCUUGAGUGUCUUCAAUGUGCUGGACCAGUUGCUGCCGCACCACGGCAGUUGGAUAUAUUAUACACUUCUGGCAGCUACCUGCUUUCCGUGCCUGACUUUGCUGACAUAUGCCUGCAGAGUGUACUACCGGACGGUGGAGAUGAUGUCAGAGCACAUGCGCCGCUUCUCAAUGCAACAGACGACCAGCUCAUGCUGCGAGCGCAACCAUGUGGACAUCAGCCCCUGCGACCGAACAACGAUUCUUCGAUGCAUUGAUGCCUGGCUGGGGUCCAUCGAUGCCUUCGAGAAACUGGUGCAGACCGACGUCCGAGAGGCACUUUCCCAUCAGCUCGCAAGCAAGGCCUUUUCUUACCGCCGCCUUCUGCUAGGUUCCAUGGCCGUGCUAUGGGUGUUCAUGGACAUCUCGGCUUCGGACCUGAAAUUGCGAGACAUGCGUGCCGACAGUAUAGUUCAGAAUCUUACCCGAGCAGGCGCAUACUACUUUGCACUUGUUCCUUCAGUGUUUCAGCUAGUCCUCUGGCUGUGCUACAAGCUGCGGCAUCCCUGCAGCAUUCAGCUGGAGAUUCUUCUUUCCAUGGCCGUAGUAGCUGCUGCAGUUUUCGCCCUCCUCAUUGCGUUUGUAGUCGAAGUCCUUCUCUGGCUUUUGGUCGUCAAUGCUGCGGUGAGCAGCUUCAUCUUCCUCGUCCUGUGCUGCAUUGGAGCGGUGCUGUCAUUUCGCUGUUGGCCUGGUCCAAAACUUGAUGGUUAA